CCUCUGCAUUCUACAAAGUACACAACAAAUUUAACACAUGAGAGUACGUGCGUACGUGUAAUGGUCCCAUGGUCUGCUGAUUUUAGUGAACGAAAAGUAGUUUCGAUACAACAAGGGAAAGUUGACUUUCCUUUUUGAAGUUGUUGGAUUUGAAUGCAACCUAUCAAGAUGGGUGUACUAUCAACACUUCCUAAGGAGUAUGGAUAUGUCGUCCUGGUGGGCUCAGCCAGUUAUGUUAUGUUGAGCUAUUUGGGAAUUAAAGUCAGUAUGGCUAGAAAGAAAUAUGAAGUAGAGUACCCAGCUAUGUACAGUGAUUCUCAGCCAUUGUUUAACUGUGUACAGAGAGCUCAUCAAAACACUUUGGAGGCGUAUCCACCAUUCCUGUUUUUCCUGGCAAUGUCAGGGAUUAGAUUUCCGAGAGCAUCAGCUGCAUGUGGUGCAGUAUGGAUCUUGAGUCGAUUCAGCUAUGCUCAUGGCUACUACACAGGAGAACCGAAGAAGCGUACGCGUGGAGCCUAUGGAUAUCCAGCCAUGCUUGGACUCUUUGGAAUGACAAUUGCCUUCGCUGUUCGUCAACUCCAGUGGGUCUAAAACGUCUAGCACUGAUUUUGAAUUGAUUAAGAGGUGUGCAGUAUAAUUAGACUAGAUAGUGCUGAUCAGUUAUAUGAAUAUGGUGCAUGUAUAAAUGUCUUGAUUGGUCAGAGCUCAUUUGUAGUUUAGACAUUUAUUUCAAUAUUGGCAACAACAAACAAAUGUAUGAAGUAUCCUAUAAGCGUUACAUACAGACUACAAACAGUGCUUGAAACAUCAUUAUUACAAAUUUAUGAUACCUAGACCUAGACUGUUAAUGUUAUAUUAUUCAUUGGACAAUCUGAGAUUUAAAAAAUUGUAUCAGGAAACUACUUGAACAUUAUGCAUUGUUCAUUAUUUAAUCAGGUGGUAGCCAUAGAGCAAGGCCGUUUUGAAUCAUUUGAAUCCAAAAGCAUCCAAUCAGACACCUUCAAGUUUUGGAUUUAGUCCCCAGGGAAAUACAGGACGGCUUGUAGGUAGGUUGUUAUUUGAAAAUGGAGCUAUAUAUUGAAAUAGUUGCAUUGUACGUGUUUAAUUGUAUUCCAUUGUUUCUUUUGGAAGAAUUUAAUUAUCUUUGUAAUCUAGUGUUCGAUUAUUUUCUAACUAAUCUUGUUUGUACUGCAGAAUAAAUUAGUCCGAGUAAAUUUACUUGCAAUAUCAAAGCACAAAGACAUUCUUAGUUUCCUUUUACACAUGGUUGGUAGGACACUGUUGGAAAAAUUACUCUUGCAUUACUAAAAUGUUCCUUUGCACCAAUGCAGUCAAUCGCCUCCAAGUUGCCUGGCAAAGUUGCCUUGUGUAUUUUCAAGUCACUUACUCUUAAUUAUAUAUUAAGGCAAGUAUACACGCACAUAGGUUGUUAUAUUGAUAAAGGAUAUGCAGUAUCCCUUUUGUGUUGGUGUUGCGCAAAAUAUUCACAGGGCUUAGUGUAUGCCAGUACAGUUAGUGAUUCCUCAAUGAUGGCAACACUUGUUUUAUGGAUAAGCUAUUUUUCAUAUACUUAGGAUAUUAUAUACUUUGAAGAUUACCUUUAAAAUUAGCUAAAAUAUAUUCUCAUAUUGACAGCUGUGUAAUACAAUUCCACCUCAGUGAGAUCCCUGCAAAUUUGUCAUUUUGUAUUACCACAUGAAGCAAGGAUCACCACAUGAAGCAAGUUAGUUUUAGCUGACCAACUGCCUUCUGAUUAACAACUCAAAUUAUGAAUUUGUAAAGAUGGGUUGAAAAUAUUGAUGAAAAGAGUAUAAUAUAUAUUUUUACAAUUCAGAUUUUAACUGUGUACAAUUUAUUGAGGACAGAAUGAAAUAAUAUGCAAAUAUAUUAGAUUUUG